CUACGCCGGCGUGACUAAAAAACAAAAAAUACGGUGGCCCCGCUUCCAACUUAAGUCAACUUAAGUUCAGUCUCCAAUGAGACGCGCGCGCGUGCGUGUGUACCGUGUGUGACCUCAAGAGUUGGCGAGAUGAAUCAAGCCAAUUGUGUCGCGCUUACGUGAUGCAGUCGCGCUGCAAAUUAAAGUUAAUUCAUUAGAUAUAACGCGCGACAGCGACAAUAUGGGUGUGACUUAAAACCAUUUCUCCAGACUUGAAAAUAAAGAAGAAAAUGCCCGAAGAAACACUCGCUGAAGAAGUGGACGCCGGCAGUAGUAUAGCGUCGGUAAUUCUGCAUCCAUUUGUUAAGUGCAUAUCUUUGCUCAAUUUCGGCUAUGCGAUACACCCAACGGAACCGAUUCAUCUUGCAAACAGUGAGUUCAUCACCGUUCAAGAUGGUUACAAGAUUAGAAUAUUACACCUGCAACCUGACGAUGGCUGCGGGGACUUAGAAGAAAUUAAACGUGGAUUCGAACGCAGUAGUUCUGUAAGAAAAUCCAUUGAGAAGCGGCUGAGCAUGCGAAAUAGUAUGACAGAAGAAUACUGGUUCACCAGGUGGAAUAAACCCUUACAAGCUGGUAAUAGAUGCAGUUGCUCAUUCCGACGCUCUCAGAGGUAUUCGAAGUUAACUGAAGAAGCACCGAAAGCAAUCGGAAACAACGUAUUAGAAUCUCCGCCAACGAAAAUAAAAAAUUUGGAGACUUUCGUUGAGAGACUGCUGCAGGAAACUCUGUUAGAAGCAUACCAAGAGUUGUACAUUACCAACUCGAAAACUGCUGUUGAAGCAAAGACUGAUGCGCCAAAAGAAACCCAAGAAUAUAAUUAUGAUAACUUAGGAUAUGUACAAUCUCCCGACGAAAUCGACGCGGCUCCUGUGGUGAUAAAAAGAAGAAAAGACAAACCGGUGACAAAGCAGAUAAAGAAGACAACGCCCGCUGUGAAUACGCUAUGCCGUCACAACAAGCCAAAAAUUAAUAAACCAUUUGUAUUCUUACUACAUGGAAUUGGAAGUACAGCAGACGUUUGGUGGAAUAUUAUCGCGAGUUUGUUAACAAAAGGAUAUGAAAUUGCCGCCCCUGAAAUGUUAGGGCAUGGCUAUAGCGCAGCACCUGAUAAACGAAAAGCUUAUAAAUUUAAUAAACUAUUGGAACACGCGCUUGCUGCGUUUGAUCAUUAUGCAUCGCGCGACGAAAACCGAAAGUUUAUUGUCAUAGGACAUUCCUUUGGAUGUAGUUUAGCAACAGCAAUAGCCCGCUACAGAUCAACGCAAGUCGUUCAACUCGUGUUAAUCAGCGGCGGCGGUCCGACGGCACUGUCUCCACCGGAGAUCGGCAACGAGAUCUCAGUCUUCAGUAAUCUACAGGUGCUAAUUAGCCCGCUGCUCUUUUGCGGCAUGAAAAGGAGUUUAUUUUAUGCUACGCGCGGAAAACACUUCCAAAGGUGUGACACGGAUGAGUCAAUACCAAAAUACGUUCUUGAAUACAUCGACCGCGAACAGCAUUGGCCCGAAGGCGACGCUGCAUUUCACCGACGGAUUCUUAUCCCGACUCUACUCGUACACGGCUUGAAAGAUACCAAUGUCACCUUGGUGCAAGAGUGUGAAAUGGAACGGACGAUUCCUCGAGCGUUUCUUGAAUUAAUCCCAACCGCAGGACACAUGUCUUUGCUGGAAACUCCGGAACAACUGAGCCACAUGAUUUUAUGCUUCGUAGAAUGGUGGGCACGAUAAAUCAAACUUGUUUACAAUCACUAAAACGCAGUACAAAACAAACACCGUCCAAUAUUUAUGAUUUAAAUAAAGAAUUCUACUGAUUUAACUUUUUGGUAAAGUUGAUGGAAAUGUCAUUCAAUUAUGUAUUAAAUCGUAUUCACAUAAUGACUGAUUAAAUUAUUAUUAAAUAUUUUAA